GAGAGCUCAUUGCUGGAAAUGCUGGGGGCGAGUUCAUUCAUAGGUAAUACGCCCUCCUGAAUUGGAUCUUCACCCUCCAAGAUUUGGAUUUGUGUACAACCGCCUCUGCUGUCUGCUGAUGCCAUAUGGUUUUGUGAAAGGACCUUUUUGCUUUUCAUAUUAACUCGUCAGUGUUAAGACACUGCAAGAAACUGCAACCCAAGAUGGCCACUUCCAUGUUUUCAGUAUUGCUAAACUUUUCAUUGGCCAUUUUAUUGGGUUUGACCUCCCUGAGUGGACUGAAUUCAUGGCCUUCAGGUCAAGCUUUGGCGCAGGCAUCUUCCAACAACCAGACAACUGAAUCAUCUGUGCUUCCAGAGGUAGCAAUGGCAACGCCAACACCAGACCCAGAGGUCCAAACAGAUCCAACUGCUGGGAACCGUUGCUGGGGUUACUAUGACGUAAUGGGUCAGUGGGACCCACCAUUUAACUGUAACGCAGGUAUCUACAUGUUCUGCUGCGGCUCCUGCUUCUAUCGUUUCUGCUGCCAGUUCAAAGUCCACAGUUUGGACCAGACCUCCUGCUCAAACUAUGACACUCCCGUAUGGGCUAAUACUGGGAAGCCGGGGGCACCCGUCACUGAGGGCCAUCAGGAACCAGAUCGAGAUCGGACCCAUAUGAUUGUGUAUAUAAUCUGUGGGGUGGUGGCCAUCAUGGUGCUGGUUGGAAUUUUUACUAAACUCGCUCUGGAGAAGAGUCAAGGAGGACAAACGGAUAUGACCAACUCCAGGACUUUGACGGAGCUUUUGAAACAGCCGGGAGAGGCAGGAGUGAUAGACGGAACUGGAGUUCAUCAUCCUAUAGGGACAAAUGGCAUCGCUGCCAGGACGCUACGCUCCAACAAUGAUCACAACCACUUGAACAAUGCAGCUUUAUCCCCGCUGGGACCGGCCAUGGCCUUGUCUCACCCUCACAACAACCUGGGAAUUGGUUUCAACAAGUACACCUCGCUCAAGGCUCCAGACACAGGUGUGAGAGACUACUACAAGAGCUACCCGAUGAUAGAUUACACCCACCGCCAGUCUCCGCCCACUUUCCAGCCGAUCAACUUCCACCCCAAAGACAAGCCCUUCCUCCCACCACCUGACAUCCACGUGCCUCUGGCCAUCACCAUCAAUGCUUCCCAAAUUCCAAAGCCUAAGAUCUCCAAGACCAACACCCACCCGCUCACUUCCAGCUCAGCCUUCAAAGUGUGGGAUCCGAGCAAGAGCCACAUCCAGCACCCGACAGCCACUCACAUGAGCAUCGGGGGGCAGCAGCAGCACCACCUCAUCCAGCAGCAGCAGCACCUCCAGCCACUGCACCAGCAGAACAGCCGGCGCCUGGCCUACUCCAACAAGAGGCAGUUCAGCAUCGAGACGCUGCCCGAGCUCUUCUCACAGCCGCUGGGCUACAGCCACUCGCCACACAUGCACCCCAAACACAAGGGACUGGCCACCAACAGCAAGACGGAGGUGACGGUGUGAAUAAACGAACACAAAAUAAGCAGAAUAAAAGAAAAAACACUAACAGGGUUAAAGGGAAAUGUUCCGAUAUCCUCGAUGUCCACAACUAUGACGUUGUGUAAGCAAAUAUCACAUACAGAUUUUUUUUAGCUGCAUCAAUUUCACCUAAAAGAAAACAUGAAUAUGUGCGAUAUUUGUAUAUCUUUAUAAACUACUGGAUCAGACAAAUACGGCAUGGAGGAGAUGGACUAGCAGGUGUCAGCUGACCCUUUGAACCUGGCAGCUUUUCUAAAUAAUUGAGUGACCUCAGUGCGCUGGCUCUGCUUUGU